AUGCCACUGAAUAUACUAUUUAUAAAUAAUUUUGGAGAAAACAUUUUAAAAUUUUUCAAUCCCAAUUUGAAAUAUGGAAGGAGGGUUACUAAAAACUGGUUCCUCGUGAACCCUACCCAUUUUUUUUUAGCAUUUUUAUUAUAUGUUCUUUUUAUUGUGUUUGCAUAUGUAUAUAAGGCUUAUUUUGUUACAAAACAAAAAUACGAUAGAAGCUCAUCAAAAAUAAAAAGCUCUUCUAGUUCUAAGUAUAAACAUACUCGCUUGGAUGGUGUAGUAGAGAAAUUGUUGCCUGUAUACAACUUGAUACAAAUUUUAUUAAGUUUAGUAAUAACUGUGUUGACAAUAUAUGAAGCGAGAAAAAGGAAGUUUUCGGUUUUUUACAAUUACGUAGAUUUUUCCAAAAAAAAUAUUGCCUUUUGUUGCUGGUUGUUUUACUUAAAUAAAUUAUUUGAUUUUAUGGACACCGUACUAAUUUUUUUGAGAAGAAAAUGGAACCAAUUUACCUUCCUUCAUAUAUAUCACCAUAUAUCUGUCUUUCUAAUUAUGUGGAUUAACACAAGUGUUGGUUACGAUGGGGAUAUAUAUUAUGUCAUUACUAUCAACUCUAUUGUACACUUCAUUAUGUACCUUUACUACUUCAUUGCAAGCUUAAAAUUUAGUAUACCACUAUUUGCUAAAGCGUGUGUCACCUAUAUUCAAAUGAUACAAUUCAUAUGCAUAAUGAUCCCAACAUCCAGCGUUUUGUAUUUGAAAUAUAAUUCCUUAUAUCCAAGAAAAUUAAUGGCUUUGAGUUUCUACUACAGCAUCACCUUAUUAGUUUUGUUUGCGCAAUUUGCGUAUAAUGCUUAUAUCCGACCAAAAAAGAAGGUCGCUUAA